GUCUCGUCUCACUGGCAGUUGAGAAUUUUUUGAUCGCUAUCUAUCAAAUAUUGACAAAUUCUAUAUAAUCAAGUGCAUUUUAUUAAACGAUAAUGAAUUCAAAUGGCUGAAAUAAAUUCUGAUUGCUUUGUGUCGUGAGUGUUUGUAAAUGAAGUGCUUUCUCCAAAAUGGAUAAAGCCCAUAUCAAAACGGUCCUCGAAGGUUUAAAGUCCUCCUCAUCUAAACGCAUUCAAGAUUCUCUAUUAAAAAUUAAAUCUACAAUAAUUAUAAAUGAUAGAGGCAUUAAAUUGUUCCGAGAAUGCGGUGGCAUAGAAUAUUUGUUGCCACAUUUGCGUAAACCAAAUGAAAGAAUACUUGAUUUAUCCCUUAGCAUACUGGGCAAUGUGUGUUUAGAAGAAAAGAGCAGCUUACUGAUUGGUAAACUGAAUAGUUACGGAACAUUGGUGUCGAUAUUGAACACCGUAUGCCGAGAUAGCAUCGUCGGACGAACGUCCCGAGUCAUUGGUAACUUGGCGCAAAAACCUUGCAAUGCAGAAAAUUUGCAUAACUUCGGAGCGGUUAAGGCACUGCUUGAGAUUAUUAAUAAUAGGGAUCAGUCCACAUCUUACGCCACGCUAUCAAUGGUCGUGCGAGCCAUACGGCAACUAUGGAUGGUAAAAGACAAACGCGAUGAAAUGUUGAAAUUAAACGCCGUACGCGUUGUGUCAAUGUUAUUAACAACGGAAUGCGAAACUAUGGGAUUAAUCAAGUCGGAUACUGAUAAAGAUGCAGACAGUCCGAAGAAGAGUCAGGAGGAACUUGUAACAGGAAUACUCAAAUGUUUAGGAUAUUUCACAACAUAUCCAGUUGGUAACUGUGCAGAACAGAUUCAAGGAGAUGGCAGAGGAUAUCUAUGCCUUGUGUUGCUCACUAAACACCAUGAAUCUAUAGCCCUCAAGUGUUUAAUGAAUCUCUGUUACCUAUCAUCUUGCCGACCACUGUUGGGAAUUGCGGGAUUGGUAGAAUGCCUAGUAGGAAUUCUUCAGAAAAAUUCAACUGAUAUGAGUUGGUGGCCGGAGGGCGCAGCGAAAGCCCUAGCGCAGUUAAGCGGCGAGGCGGUCAAUCGGUCCCGGCUACGUCGCUCCGGAGGACUGCCACUGUUGGUGACGGCCGCUCGCGACGACGCGCACGCCUUGCAUGCUCUGCUGCAGUAUGUGUUUGAUGACAGUUCAUUUCAGCUGCUCAUUCACCAGGGGCUAGUGGGCUUGCUUACUGACAAAUUAACUGAUUAUGUUUCCAACAUGGAUUAUGAACAUAGCCCAAAGACUGCUCAGGGCGAAACACCGAAGCGCAAGGAAAAACAAAAAGUUGAAACGAACACUGUAUACGAUAUGGCGCUACAGAAUAUGACCAAUCGUGAAAAAGGGAAGGGAUUGUCUUCGAGACGAAAAAGUAUACUGUUGUCUGACACAGGAGAUGAUUUGAAGGUGGUGAUUGAAAGGGACAACAUGAUCGUUGGCUUUGUGGACGCUAUUGACAGCGAUGACUCUCAAUACAGCGAGAGCGAUGAUGACCCGCCCCAGCGAAAAAGAGCCCAUAAGCGAGGAAGAUCGAAAAGUCCUAAAUCUUCUAGAAAGUCAUCGCAUUUUAUAAAGAUGGCCAGUAAGGACUGGUCGUCGGGAGUUUUCUGGGAGCCCAAAAGCCCAGAAUGGCCAUCGCUUUACCAACAGUUUCCCUCAGACAAAAGUCCGGGUCGUGAACAAGGGCCUCUAUCGCCGGCUUCAGACGGAAGUUCGGAUUUCAGUCCCGAUUACCGUGGUUCGUCCAGUAAGAAGAGCAGGUUUGAUUGGAGCCCGGACUCGGGAGCGAGUAUGGGGGAGAGCAGUUCCACAUCUCCUUAUUGGACGGAUUACCAAUGGAGUCCCGCUAGCUCCGGACCAUCGUCGCCUUUUAGCGUACAUGAUGAAAGUUCAGACUCGGAGAUAUCGGGUCGCUAUUCGCCAGUGUGCAGCGAAGGUGAUGGUGACGAAGAUCAAAAGAAAACCUCUGCCAACAACGCGGCGGCUGAAUUAAAGGCAACCCAAGUGGCCCAGGAACUGGACGUAGAGCUCACGUUAGAUGACGAUAGCAGUGAUGAAAAGUCACCUUCAGAAGAUGCUAACAAAUGCAAAAUCGACAUAAACUCCAAAGCGUCUGGCAUAGCGUGCGUUAUGGUGCUGUUGUUCCGAGUGACCCACGGCACGUGUACCACUUGUGGCAGCAUCCGAGACGACGCCGUGCCCAACCACCUGACCGACCUGCUCACCAGCCGGGAGUGCCUCUACGGACUGCUGGACUACGUGGAGCGAAGCCAACGACCCAUGGGCAGAGCUGCGCGGAUACUGGCUCGAGUUAUCAGUAACCACCUCUGUUUAAUGAAUAUAUUAAGGCACCGACUACCGCUAAAGCUACACCAAAUGUCUGUGAGCUCCAAACAUCCGCCCAGCCAAUGCAUACAAUGUAAACAAAUAAUGAAACUAAGUUCAAAACUAUUAACUCAAUUGUCAAUGAAAGCCGAGUCAAGUUAUGGUAUUGGAAAAAUCAGCUAUCACUUAUUAAAAGGCACCUCAUCUAUGAAGCAAACCCUUUCAUUGACUUUGCCAUAUUUUGUCAGGACUGAAAAAAUUUUGAAAAAGUACUUGAUAGAUUGCAAUGGUCUGAAUUUAUUAUUUAACAUUAUAUCUGAAUCCAAAGAGGACAUUGAAGACUAUGUUAUAGCUUUAGUCAAACUUGCAAAUAAUGUUCACAUAAAAGACCCAAAAAUUUUAGAAAAAAGAUACAAGUCAAAAGUUUGUGUUAGUUAUGAUCCAAUUCUUGAUAAUUUGGCCCCCGACGAUAUAGUGACAUUCAAACUAGACGAUUCAUCGACUGUCAAAGCUAACAAACUGUUUCUAUGCCAGCAUUCUGAAGUAUUUAGCGCCAUGUUGAUGGGCCAGUUCAAGGAAUCCAUAGAAAAAUGUGUGCAAAUCAAAAAUGUCUCAAAACCAGCACUCGAAUAUCUAUUUACACUCCUGCAAUGUGGUUUAAAUAACCCAAAAAAUGAUAUAGAAAUAUUUCCCCUGGCAGAAGAAUUAGAAACAAAUUUGGAAGUAUUGCUUCUCACUGACAGAUUUUUAUUCGAAAAAUUAAAAGAAUUUUUAAGCAGUGCCAUAUUACAGUUUCAUUUGGGGCCUGAAACAGCUGAUAAAAUAUACAUAUGGUCGCUCAGGGAUGGCAUGGGAUUCUUGUGUGUUGAAUCUGUAGCAUACUUGUUGACUGGACACAUGUCUGAAGAGGAUCGUGUUAAAUCUUUUCAAAAUAUCCUCAAUCUGGAAUACAAGGACCAACUGCUAGAAGAUAUCAAAUCCAUGCUACUGAGGCAGUUGAUAAAGUAAGUUUAAAAUAAUGAUGUCAUUAUUUCAAAUCCUAAAAAUCAGUGAUAUAAUUAUGAGUGUUGGUAGUCCUGAACAAUUUUAAAGAAAUAUUUAAAUGUUUGGUGUAAAAAAGUUCCAACUAUGUUUAUCAACAAAUCAUAAGCUACUGUACUCGGAUAUUUGUUGCUUGCCCAAACACUGCCCCUGGUUCUCUUACAAACACGGCCAUGACACUGCCAUUUCAGCUUGCUAAUCCUUUGUGCUAUAUUGUAUUAAUAACUGAUUAAUGAAUGAGUGUGCUGUUCUGAUGACGUUUUUUUUUAUAUAUUAACAAGUUAGGCCUUGAUUGUGAUCUCACCUGAUGUUUAUGUGACAAUGCAGUCUUAGAUAGAAGCUGGCUUACUUGGAAGAAUACGUACAAGUUAUUACUGAAUUUUGUGUAUAAAUAUAAAAAAAAUCAAAUGUAUGAAAAUAUGAAAUAGCCAGUUCCUAGCUUGCUGAGAGUUCUGAAUAAGUGGCUAUUUGUUAACCACAAAUUCUCCUUCCCAAUCUAAGUCUAUUUUCGCUUUAUUAGUUAC